AUUUCCUCUCCACAAAAGAACCUUACCCUACCCUUUCUUCCUCUAUUUGUGUUCCUCCAAAACCUCAGUGUGAUGCUCUCUUAACCCCCAUCGAGUCAAUCCAGUCAAUCGAAACCCCCGCAGGGUCCUCCCCAACCCUAACAACCACCCUACCACCCACCCAAACAAAACCCUAACCACCCCGGGGGCCUCCUCAGCUCCCCUUCCCCACCUAGAAAACACCCCCCUCCCCCCAAAAAAAUGAACCCCCCCAGCACCGACGGCAACUGCAGCGCCCUCAACAGCGCCACGAACGCGACGUGCCUGACCUCCCCCUUCGGCAACUGCUGCUCGGCCAAGGGUUACUGCGGCUCGACCGACAGCUACUGCGGCGCCGGCUGCCAGCCGGGGUGGGGCGAAUGCAACACCGCCGGGUCGGCGCAGACGAUCAGCACGACGGGCUCCUGCGGCGAGACGGUCUCCAGCAACACCACGUGUCUGGGCAGUGAGUACGGCGACUGCUGUUCCCGGCUGGGGUAUUGCGGCCGGAACAGUAGUUACUGCGGGGUGGGGUGUCAGUCGCUGUUUGGGAGUUGUGCGUCUGAUGAUGAUGAGGCGGGGGAAGAGUCGACGACGAGGACGAGGGUAGGGACGGGUACUGCGGCAACGGGGACCACCACGGCAACAGCUACAGGUACAGCGACGCAGGCGGUUUCGACGGAUGGAUCGUGCAACAGGGAGAUUACCUGUGUGGGGAGUGAGUGGGGGGAUUGUUGCUCCGGCCAUGGGUGGUGUGGUGCGAAUGCUAGUUAUUGUGGCGUGGGCUGUCAGUCUGAGUUUGGGCGGUGUGGUACUGACUCCACUGGGUCGGGGCUGGGGAAGGGGGCUAUUGCGGGGAUUAGUGUUGGGGCGGCGGUGGGGGGGUCGCUUGUUGUGUUGGGGUUCGUGGUGUGGUUCUUGAGGAGGAGGAGGAGAGGGAGGUAUACGGCUGUUGUGCCGGUUAAGGGGGAGGGGGAGGGGGGUUCCCUGGGUCAGGUGCAAGACGCGAGGGGCCAGGGGAAUGGCUCCGUCGAGAUGGCGGCUGCUACUCCUGGAGGACAGCAACAACAACAGUUUGCGGUCGAGAUUGGGCAGGCGAGGAAAGUGCCUGUGGAGAUUGGGCAGGCGGAUGUUACUUAUACCCAUGAGUUGGAGGGGAGGGGGUCAAGGGGCCUGGUGGAACCGGUGGAGUUGCCGGCGACGCGGCGGUGAUACUAUACUGCUGGGCUCGUAUUUUUUGGGGUGGUUUUGGAAUGCUGGAUGAAGGCGGAUGGCUAUAAUGCUGCCAGAGGUUUUCUUGUCACGCCCUGAGUUGCACGACACACAGUCUGUGGAGAGCACUGUGCAGGCCGCCUUGAAUGUAAUGGAUGCACGGGUUCUGCAGAUAUUAACUAAGAUAUCGCCCAUCCGGAAUGAACACUUUGAUGCUGUAAACAGAUGCCCUACCGGGUGAGCAUACAGCGGAAAGCAGGAUCAAAGACAGAUUCUCUGUCUCGGGAGAGUCACAGAAGAUCUGACAGACAAGAAAAUCGAUCAUGAUCUCGUC